AUGAUGUCUGGCCUGCAGAAGAACCCCCUCACAGUGGCCCUCUCCCUGCUGCUGCUCGCCACACUGCUGCCCAGCUCUGAGGCCCGGCGUGGUCGUGGUUUUGGAGGUUUUGGAGGUGGAUUUAACCGAGGUGGAGGCUCCAGCCGCGGCUGGGGCGGGGGUGGCGGCCAUGCCUACAGACCGGUGCAGAGCAGCGGCUCCAGUGCAGGGAAAGUAGCCGGGGCAGCUGCAGCGGGGGCCAUAGGAGGAGCAGUGAUCGGGUCUGCUUUGAGCCGCCCUGGGUAUGGAGGAGGGUAUGGAGGAGGGUACGGAGGAUAUGGAGGGGGGUAUGGAGGGGGGUAUGGAGGAUAUGGAGGGGGGUAUAGAGGGGGAUAUGGAGCUGGUGGUGGCUACGGCCCCAGGCCUGGCUACGAGCAAGAGGGCUCUGGAGAUAUGGAGUACUACACUGGAGCAUCCAGCGGCCCCAUCUACAACAGCAUCAUCGUCGUCAUCGGCUCCCUGAUGUCCCUGCUGAUGGGCCACUGGGUGGCAGUCAUGUAG